UAUAUAUAUAUAUAUAUAUAUAUAUAUAUAUACUUGACAGAUGUCGCACUUAGGUCAGACGAUCCAAAUAACUAAAUCGACAUCAUUGGAAUCAUUAGAUCGGAAAUCAGUAGAUGAAACUAUCAUUUUAACUUCAACAAAGCUCACGGAGGAAAAAUCUAAAGAUUCAAUCUAUAAGGCUGGAAGAAGAGCUUUACUUCCUUCGACAGAUCUAUCAAAUCGGACAGAAAAUUCCGAAAAUAAUACUGAUGUUAAGACUUCUGACAAAACGCAAAAGAAUACUGUUCCACAUCCAUCAAAUCAGAUUCUGUUUGAUUCACAUUCAUCACUUCCUAAAGAAGGAAAUAAUCCCGAAAAAUCCUCACAAUUGGAUACGAAUUUCGACAACGAUAGUUUUGAUGUUUUUGAUACUUGA